AGUCACGGAGCAUGGCCAAACCAGCACGACACAGAAAGAGCGCUUGGACGCCAGUCCAUCACAUUCCAUCAAAUGAGCAGUUGUUCGAGGAAAGAAAGAAGCUUGUCGGGCACUGGUUUGACAUGUGGACAGAUUCACAAAGGCGCCGCUUUCUGGAAUUCAUUUUGCAGCGCUCUCGCGAAAAGCAGAUGCGUUUUGCGCACACGUGGCUUUGCCAACGUGUGACACUGCGAAACGUUGAUUUCACACGUUUUUUGCCUCGUUUUCUAUCUCUCUACAUUUUUUCUUUUCUCGAUCCUCGUUCGCUCAGUCGUUGUGCUCUAGUUUCUUGGCAUUGGCGAUUUCUGUCGGAGCAAGAUUGUGUUUGGAUUCCCAAGUGUUUACGACGUGGAUGGUAUUUGCCAUAUGCUCCGAGUGAGAGAGAAUACGGAGCAUGGAAAUAUCAUUAUAUAAAAUGUGUUGAAAAUUUGGAUAUGAAGUCGCCCAGCAAAGAGAUGCAGCUGCUGCUCGCAUCACUAGAAGCUGAAAACAAUGUUGGUGAUGCAGACAGAUCAAAUGAAGAUCAACAGAAUACAAGCAAGCUUGGCAAGUCAUGGAAAAAGCCACCAUGGCUGGAUCCUGAUCCUCAUCCAGAGGAUUUGGAGAAAGGAUGGAAAGCAAUACAAACGGGAACAUUGGAUUCGACUAGUUAUGGUUCACUGCGUCUUCAUUAUGGUACACACUCGUCUCUAUCUAAAACACAUGCACAAGCAACUGCACUUAGUAUAAGAGGCAUGACGCCUGAACAAGAACCACGUCGACGAAGAAUUAAGACAGAUCCGAAUAAAAUUGAGUAUUUGUCUGAUGAUGAGGUAAUCGAGUCAAGACCUGUUUCUGCUAUUCCGCUCUCAAGAUCAUUUGAUGCUCGAGGUGUGAUGGAUGGAUCUCGCUCAGGAUCUUUGUUAGAUCUUAUCUACACCACUGACUUGAAACACAAUGUCAGCGGUGGCAUCUACCCUGAAACAUCACACACAGACUUGAGAGCCCUUGAACAAGGAUAUCCGCACUAUUCACAUCCUCCAGUUCUAUUUAUUUCAUCUCAAACUAUUGCAUACGAACUGCUUCUUGAUGCUUUACUGUUUGGUGUACUGCCUAUUGUGUAUGAGUAUGAUGCAACUACUUUGGAUGCAUUGCUGAUCAAGCUGAAGUUUGUUCUCAGCGGGAGACAAGCAAGGAGUAUUGGUAUGUUUCUGGAUGGUGACCUCAGAACUCUUAAUGUUGUUCCUGGUCAUGUCACGACUGUAUCUAGCUUGGAUUCAAGCCACAAUGUUCGACAUUUUUGGGAGGAAUUGACUGGCAAUGUUGUGUCUCUAGAACAAGGUGGCAGAGUUGAUAUCUUUUCACCAGUAGCGUCAACUGAGGAAGGUACACUAUUGCUACAACAUUUGGAAACAUUAACGGGCACUAAAUUUUCAGCUCCAACUCACAUAGCACCAACAUUUCGUCAAAUAAAAUCAGAGUGGCUGGGCAUCAAACAUGGUGAGUUGUCGCCGCCGGCAGUCUAUUUUGACCAGAACAAGCUAAAUGCAUGGGCAAACAUGGCUGAACAUGUUCAGGAAGCUCUUUCAUCAAUUAAGAACAUUCUGAAAUCAUACUUAACCGUACAACAUACAGAGCUGAGUGGAAGAAUAGCAGGACAGGCUGUAUUUGAAUGUCUUGGUCUUGUCGACUCUCAAAGACAUUUUAAUCAGUUGUCAAACAUGGCAUCACUAAUGGUGGAGGGUAUCAACACAGUGUCUCCUUAUGCAUCUAGUGAGGAAGCCGUGUUGCACUUGUCUGAGUAUCUGAGAGAACAUGCCAAAUCUGUGGUGAAACCGACUGCAGCUACAGAAAUAAUAACAAAUGGAGAUAUGUCUGAAAUCCACGAGUUUGAAGCUAUCCCACAUAAGCAUCAGCAAGAGGAUGGAAGUAUUGGAAAUAGUUCAGAUGAAGAUGCGAGUCAAUUUUCUUCUCCUGAACCUCGUUCUGUAGAGCAGAGAACUGUUGUUUCUCAGAGAUUACUGCAAACGGAAGUGACUUAUAUGAGGACAUUGUCAGUGUUUCAGACAGUUUUUGUGCUCCCUCUUAAAGCAGCCAUUGACUCCAACAAACCUAUUAUCAGUGCUGUGAAUUUGAGACUUAUGGUGUCAGAUGUUGAAGCCAUUCUGUCAUUGAGCAAAGUGCUUAUUGGAGACUUGGCUGCUCGUCUUGAGACAUGGUCUGCAACUCAGUGUUUAGGAGAUGUUGUUCUCAAAUUUUCCGGACAACUUAAAGUUUACACAAACUAUGUAAACAACUAUAGUGUAACACUAGCUACGGUCGAGAGAUGUGAAGAACAAAGUGGUGCAUUCAGAGGAUUUAUAAAAAGGCAUGAGAGACAGCCAGCUUCUCUAAUGCUUUCACUGACAGACUUUCUUCUAAUACCAAUGACUAGAAUAUCCCAGUACCUUGACUUGUUGGAGGAGCUAAAGAGAAAUACACCCAAAGAUCAUCCUGAUAGAAGAGAUGUGAUUUUGGCCUCUAAAGCAAUUCGUUGCAUUGAUGAUCUUAUCAGAGAAACACGAGAACAUUUUCGUCACGAUCGGCAGAUGCAACAGCUACAAAGCAUAAUAGCUGACUGUCCUAAAUUGGUUGAAGGAAAUCGUCGCUUUAUUGGUAAGACUGAGGUUGUACAACUAAAAACUCCCAAAGGACAAAAAUCAAGACAGCAUGGAUUUGGUGGAUACCAGCCCGUUCAGGACAUGGGGUUAUUUCUUUUCAGUGAUGCACUCGUUGUAACAUCUUUGACGACUAAACACUUUCCUUUGGAGAGAGCAUUUGCAAGAAACCAUCACUACCUUGCCUCAGUGGCCUUGACCAACCUUCAGGUUUUCGAUUGUCCAGACUCUAAAUAUAUUCACAAUGCGUUUAUUUUGAAGACACCCAAACACCGAUGGACAUGUCAGUCGUACUCACAAGAGGCUAAGUUUUCUUGGCUCUCAAUUCUGGAGACGACACGCCAUGCGGCAAUACCAAUUGAAAGCACACCGGGACAACUCAGAUGAUCAUGAUCAAACAAUAGUUUCAUACACAGUAAUCGGAUACACGAAGAGAUGAGGUAAUACUAAUGAGUUCUUUUAGAUAUUGUUUCUCUAUAUGUAAUACGUUCUACACAGCUAUAUACAUGUAUAUUUUGAAGGACAGUUAUUUAGUUUGUACCCGUCAAAGAUAAUAUCAGUAUUGUCACAGCUUCUGGAAGCUGCUGUUCCUUGAA